AUGAUGAUGAAGGUCCCAAAGGCCGGACGACCGCUUGCUAGAUGCCCUCAUCCGAAGGGAACUUGCAGCUGCCAGAAGCUAUAUGCGUUCAUGAUUCGCAUUCCUAAAGGCUCGACUUGCUUGUGUAGACCAGUGUACCAAGUGCCUGCCGAUGCGGCGGAAUCUGCUUCAACCACCCCCAUUUCUGCUCCUCCGAUGCCGAUUGCUGCUCCCAACAAAAUCCAGAAACCCAUCAAACGACAGAUCAAGACUGCUCCAGAGAACCUUACCAAAGCCUUGAACUCCAUACCAGAAUUCGGAAGCCAGCAAUUGGAACAUGGAAAUCUGGGCCGACCAUCUCCUUAUCCGGCUCAGGAACAGCGUUUGUCCAGUUCAUAUGAUAUCAUCAAGCAAGAACCAAACCCCUCGCACAAGACCUUCGAGUGCGCCAGCGAAGAUAAGGCGCCGCAGGGCGGCAGCUGUUGUUCUCGCAAGUCUCAGCCCUCACAGACUAUAAUUCCGGAUGUUCCAGCUCCUGCAGUCCAACGUUCCUGUUGUAGGAAGUCCGGUUCGGCGGCACAAGAUGUCGAGAAGGAGGACAGCACUCCCAGCGGUUAUGGUCACUUCCAACCUCCAGCCUUCCACAGUGAUAAUGCAAGAUACACACCGAACUCUAUUCCCCAGGUUUCGACGUGGCAAGAUUUCCAAGCAGCGAAGCAGAGCCAGUACAUGCAGCCUUUCGCAUUGCCCGUAUCCGAGUCUGGUUAUCUCCCAAUGGCUGGACCUGCCGCAGGUUUUAAUUCUAAACCACUAGACUUUCAGCAUCCGCAUGCGUUCAACAACUAUGAGAUCUUCAACAAUCAGAUCUCUCAGCCGACGUCGGAGAAUGCUAUUGCAAAUCCAGCAAAUCCUGCUGGCGAAGCCUCCCAUGAUUGUAGCUGUGGCGAUGGUUGUCAAUGUCUGGGUUGCGCGUCUCACCCCUUCAACAACACUACUAGACAGCAUGUCCAACAGAUGGGCCUCCUGGUGGCCCUCCGUGAUGAUGAACAGAGCCCCGACAGGCUGAACAGCCAUAGAGGCUCUCCUUUGCAGACUCAACCCCCGGACUUCUCAUCAUUACAGUAUUCCUUCGCCAACUUCGGUAAUCCUCUGGGCGACAACUUUCACCACGUCGCAAUGCACCCAUAUGCCCAACAGAGUACGGACUCGGGUCACGUAAACAAUGGCUAUUCAUCUCCGCCUGCGGAUUAUCUAGGACAGCAACUGAUGGUACCGUCAGAGUACUAUACUCUCGAGUACCCAGUGGGGCUACCUAGCGCUUGCUCCGAUACAACUGGAAGCUGCCAAUGCGGAAGUGACUGUACCUGUGUUGGCUGUCUUACCCACAGUGGACACAACGGACUGCCUCUUGAGCCCGCCAUGCCUGAGGGCAACUGGGACCACAUGAACCUUCCAGGUUUCUCCAUGGACGCUACAGGUCACAGCACGUCACAGAUGCCUGUGAUGGAUAACUUUGUCGCUCAUUCGAACUCUAUGCUGUAG